GUUUCUCUCUAUUCUUCUUUACUCUUUUUGGACCCAUAAUAUUACUAUUUGUGAUCAGUCUACGUAAAACUAUCAUGUACCAAGACAGCAACAGCAACAGCUUUCAGCAUUCAGACUUGAGUUUUAUCCUUGAAUGUAUCAGCCACUACCUCCUGGAUGAAACCGAAAUCCUUGCAGCAGCAACUAGUAUUACACCUCUACAUUGCUAUAAUAGUAAUAGCAAUAGUUUUUCUAGUCUUACAGAGAACUUCUGGAGCGAUUUGCUAGUGAAACUAGACUCUGGAGAUGCAAUCUUGCAAAGUGCAUCUAACGAAGAGGAAGAGGAAGAAGAAGAAGAAGAGACAAUAAUGCAGACAAAGAAGGCGAAGGAAAAGAUAAAUGGCAACAGUUUUAGUUAUAGAGGAGUAAGAAAGAGGCCGUGGGGUAAAUAUGCAGCGCAGAUAAGGGAACCUAAGAAGAAAGGAGCCACCAGGCUGUGGCUUGGGACUUACGACACUCCUGAAGAUGCAGCGCUUGCUUAUGAUAGAGCUGCUUUUAAAAUUCGUGGCUCCAAAGCCAAACUUAACUUUCCUCAUUUGGCUGGCUCUCAUGCCUCGGAAAUGGAAUCAUCAUUAUUUAACUGCACUUCGCCGUCCUCUGGUAAUGCUUCGCCAUGGUUUAGGAUGACGAAUUUAGAUUCCGAAAAUUGAAGUACUUCUUGGCACUUCCGGAUUAAUUGGACUAGUCCACAGAUGCACCUCUUCUUCUUCCUCUUUCCUUUUUCCUUUUUUUUUUUUUUUUUUUUUUUUUUGAGGAAGGUGCUUUGUAUUAGUAUACUUGUUGGACAAUUUAUAUCUGCUUUCUCUAUUAUUAAUUUUAAAUCUUUUUAACCAUCAUUUAUGGACGGAGCAUAUAAAAAUAAUUAAAUCACCUUUAUAUAUAUAUAUAUAUAUAUAUAUAU